CAGGCAAAAGGGGAUGACGCGUCUUUUACACAAUUUUCAUUAAUGACCAAAGCAGAGUCUUUGUUUUCCUCAUAAAAAAAUACCAUCGUUCUUGCAUCUUUCAAUUACAAUUAGCAAAUUUUUAGCAUCGUUAUCGCCCGAGCUAGCAUCCCCGGCUGGUAAAAAGCUGGCCAGCCUGCAUCUCAACCCUAGAUUUAAAAUCCCGCCACGAAAACAACACCAAAACAAGUCUCGAACAGUUUUUCUUUCCAGGUCUUGGACCGAAGCAACCCAUCCCACGACAUGGCUACCACCCGCAUCGCGCUGGACAGCGUACCCGCCAAUCCCCAUGAUACCACCCAUCAGUCCCGACUUCAAUCCAUUCCGGCUUCGAUUAAUCACAAUGGGCCUGCCCGAAUCGAGGACUUCUUUACCCGACUAAUUACUCACCCCGACCCUCACGACGCCCAAUUACUUUCGGGCACGCUUCGCGGCUUUCCUGUGGACGGGCGGGUCAUAACCAGCCCCACCGGGAUGGAUGUCCUGGUUCUAGACAGCGGGGCCAAGCGAGGGGUGGCUCAUUUGGGGGAUCAUGAGCCCCAAGAGCGGGUGUGGCGGGCCACACAUCGCCUGGGCGGAUUUACCCAAUGGAACUACGACCAGAUCCCCUCGUGUACAGAUAGCUUGGCCAAGGCUUUAACUUGGCUGGAAUUGGCCCAAGCAAUUCACGGCCAAGAGGGGGAUGAUGUUCCGGAUGAGGUGAUUCUCCAAGAAAAAUAAACAAACAGAACAGUACCGGGUCAAUGUACGGCAUCAACGCACCAUGGGAACAAUGAUUAUUAUUAUAAAAUUAUUAAACACUGAUAAGCUGGUUGGCUUUUUGGGUUGUUAACCAUGAGUUUCGUUGAUCGAAGAAUAAUUGGAGUACAUGCUCCUCUUGGGAUUUGCCUAAUUGAAAUUCUGUUGGGAUUCUUGGUAUCACUUGUUUCUAUUACUAUGUACUAUUUCUACCGACUGUGCCAGAUAUAGAAAACAUUCUACAAAUACAUCUGCAAUCCUACUGAUGCAAUUAAGA